AUGUGCGACGGGCGCGGCGGGAAUGGAUCCCCCGCCGGGGCCCAGGAGCUGCAGUCGCAAUUCAAGGCCACGCACUCGCACGUGGAGCAGGAGCGCCAAGGCCGCCUGAACCCGCAGGACCUCCAGGCCGAGGUCCAGCAGCUCGACUCCGAGCGCGAGCAGCUGCAGCAGAAGAUCCAGCUCCUUCGGCAGAAGACCGAGAGGGACGAAGGCUUCCAGCAGCUGCUGCAGGUGACGUCCAUGCUGCGGAAGGAGCAGGAGGAGGAGGCCCGCCUGUCGGAGAAGCUGCAGGAGCAGCGCUUCGCCCUGGAGUCGACGGAGCAGCUGUUCGUGGAGCGGUCGGGGCGCUUGCGCGAGAUGCGCGAGGCGCAGCAGGAGGACGGGGAGGGCAACGCGGAGGCGAUGCUGAAAAUGCUCCGGGGCGAGGUGAAGAAGGGCCGGGAUCAGCUCGGCCGUGUGCGCAAGGAGAUCGAGGAGAAGCACGAGCAGCUCGGCAAAAUCGACGCGGCUCUCAGCGAGCCACCCGUGUCCAAGGCCGACAUUGACAGCAUAGAGCAGGACAUCCACAGUAUGCGGGAAGAUAAGGAGGCUCUGGAACGUAAAAUCGAGGAGCACAACCAGGAUUCUCGUCUUGCUGUGUACAAGCAGCAGGCGAACCUCGUCGCCAAGAAGAAAGAAGUCGUCAUGAAGGACAAGAAGGCCCUGGAGGACGACCGCGACGGUCUCAGCAAGGAACUGUCCGUGAAAGAGCGCGAGUACGAGCAGAUGAAGGGCCACAAGUUCAUGAAGAAAGAUGAAUUCAAGAACUACGCCGCCUCCCUCCGGGACAAGUCGGCCAAGUUCAAGAAGUUGAAGACGGAGCUCAGCGAGAUUCGGCACGAGGUCGCGGUGCUCGUCCGCACGGAGCAGCUGCUGCAGGCCAGGGACCCGACGCCCGCUGGCCAGAAAGACACGGAGUCGAUGUUGGAGAAGGUGUCGGUGCACAAGUCGGAGGUGGAUCAGGCCAAGGGCAAGACACUUGAUCAGAUCACCGAGAUAGUCCAGCAGAUCAAGCAGAAGAUCAUGGAGAAGAAGAACAAGCUCGCCCCGCAGAUCAAGGCGCUGCGGGCCGUGCGCCAGAACUUCCAGCAGGUGGAGGUGAAGUACCUCGAGAAGAAGGGGGCGUACGACCAGGCUUUCUCCACCGUGGAGUCGGACCUCUCGAGGCUGGCCGGAGAGGUGAAGCAGCUGGAGGCGGAGGCCAAUGACAAUGAGCGCACGUACCAUGAGCUCAACAUGCAGAUGGGCGUUGCCGAGCUCAAGUUGCAGCGGGCGAAGCGUGAGGGCAAGUUCCAGCGGAAGGAGGGUGGCGCAAGAUAUUCUGACGAGUUCGCGACGCUGUCGGAUUGCUACCAGUCCGAAAUCACCCAGCUCGACAAGCAGUGCAAGGACCUGCGGAAGAAGAAGGACAUGGUGAUGGACAACUUCGACGCGAAGCUGAAGCAGAAGAAGGCCUUCGUGCAGCUGGAGAGGCUCAUGGCGGUGAAGCUCAAGGUGAGCGACGGAAGAACACGGCCGCCUCGUAAGUAA